CCUUAACGAUCCCACCGGCCCUUUUCGGCUGCUCUAUUUGGGUCGAAAACCCGUCGUUUCGGCUUUGCUGCAUCAUUGGCCUCCCUCUUUCCCUCCUCAGCGUCCAUCCGGCGGCAUUUUCCCCGCCAAAAGCCGACUUUUGGACCCAUAGCUACUGUGAAACGAGUGAACCGUGGCGGGUGGGCCGCCUCUCUCCUCCACAGCUAUUUAUUAAAGGCAAAAACGUCAAAACUGGGUCUUUUUUUGCUGCGCCGUGGCUAAAAGUCACUCUUUUCUUAAGGCCGGUUGCGGCUUUUUUGAGCAACCUCGUGCCGAGAGAGACCGUGGCGGCACUGCCGACUCCCCAGGGCUUCUGGGUCACUGUUGUUUAGCCUCGAAACGCUAAUGAGCCGCUUGAGCAAACUCGAGACAUAAUUAACCAGCCGAAGCAGAGAAACGGGGUGCUCGAGCUGGUCCCACCGCAGCUGUCCGGAUCCUUUUGGAGGCACCUGUUUUCUUUCAUUUUUUUUCAACAAAAAAACCUGGAUUUGCAGGAACGAUGCCGGGAUCGUUUGUCGCUGUGACUGUUGCUUUGGUUUGGCGGCGGCGCCACGUUUCUGGGCAGAAACAUCUCCAAAACGGGAACGCAACUCAUUUAACUCUUCUCACCUCUUUCUGGGCCGAUACCCUCGUUUUCCCGGCUUUGCGGCAAAAGCCGGCGGACGUUCCGAAUCUUGCCUCUUUCCCUGCUGGGAAAACCGGGGUUGAAGGAGCGGGUGAGGCCGCGGCCGCUCAGUGUCACCUAGCAGAGACCUGGAGAGAAGAAAAUAAAAGAGAAACCACAACCACCCAGGAGGCAGAAGCGGAGCCUGGCUGUGGAUCCCGUGCGGAGCCGACCUUCCCUAAGGGGCCACCGGGAAAAAGCCGUAUUCGGAGGCCGGCAGCCAGCGCUGGCCCGGCGCCCGGGGCCGCCUGACCGACGUCCCCAGCUGCCACCAGCCGCCAUGGAGGAGCGGGUGCCGCCGGUGGAGGCCUACGAGGCGGCCAUGGUGCUGAGCGGCGUGGGCGACGCGCUGGGCUACCGGGGGGGGCUCUGGGAGUACUGCACCUCGGGCCCCCGCAUCCACGCCGAGCUGGAGGCCCUGGGGGGGCUGGAGGCCCUCUGCCUGUGCCCCCCCGAGUGGCCCGUCAGCGACGACACCGUGCUGCACCUGGCCACCGCCGAGGCCCUGGCCACCGGGCUGGAGGGGGAGGCGCUGCUGCAGGAGCUGGCGCGGCGCUACGUGGCCGCCAUGGGUGACAUGGAGGGCCGCAAGCCGGGGCCCACCUCCCUCCUGGGCACCUCGCAGCUGCGGCCCGGCGAGCCCGGCGGCUACCACAUCCCCUUCAACCCCAGCGGCACCGGCUGCGGCGCCGCCAUGCGCAGCCUGGCCAUCGGCCUCAGGUACCCCCGCGAGCGGGACCUGCCCACGCUGAUCCAGGUGAGCGUGGACAGCGGGCGCAUGACCCACCACCACCCCACCGGGUACCUGGGGGCGGUGGCGGUGGCCCUGUUCGGGGCGCUGGGCGCCCGCCGCGAGCCCCCCGAGCGCUGGGGCCGGGCGCUGCUCCGGGCGCUGCCGCUGGCCUGGGCCCACGUGGAGACGCUGCCCGAGGCCCCCCUCAACCGCCAGCACUGGGGGCACUUCGGCGAGGCCUGGCUCCAGUACCUGGAGUCGCGGGGGCUGGCGGAAAGCGACGGCCCGGCCCGGCUGCCCCCGCUGCCCGACGCGGCCGCCCGCGACGCGGCCUACGGGGCCUGGGCGCUGGGGGGGUGGGCGGGCCGCAGCGGCCACGACGCCCCCAUGGUGGCCCUGGAGGCGCUGCUGGCCGCCGGGGACGCCUGGGCCCCGCUGUGCUCCCGCGCCGCCCUCCACGGCGGCGACUCCGACUCCACCGGCACCAUCGCCGCCGGCUGCUGGGGGCUGCUGCACGGCCUGGGCCCCGUCCCGCCGGGCCUCCACCGCCACCUCGAGCACCGCCCGCGCCUCGUCGCGGCCGCCCGCCGCCUGCACGCCCUCGCCUGGGCCCCCCGCUGAGCCCCGGACGCCUGGGCCCCGCCGCGACGCGGCCCCGGACGCCUGGGCCCCGUCCCGCCGGGCCUCCACCGCCACCUCGAGCACCGCCCGCGCCUCGUCGCGGCCGCCCGCCGCCUGCACGCCCUCGCCUGGGCC